AUGAGCGCUCCUGUCAUAUUCGCCCACAUUCAGUGGCGAACUCAGCGUAUAGUGGCAUCGAAGCUGUCCUCUUUCAAAGCAGCUCCACCAGCGCAUUCUGAAGCCGGACCGCCCGGUGAAAGAUCCAAUGGACCAAAUAGUCGUGCACCAGGAACAAUUAUUGGGACGAGGAGGCUUCCAGAAGCUUCCAAUGCUCUGAAAACACCACCUCCAAAUUCACCUCCGUCAACGGCAGCGCCGACAACUACCACACCAAUGAGGAAGACAAAGGAAUCCGACCCUAAACCGCAGGAUGAUACGGUUGAUCUCCCACCUCAGUUUGGCUCGCGCACAUCCAUCCAGGCGCCCUUGAGCGAACUCGAUAGCUUCGAAGAGGACUAUGAAGAGACAACCACCGCGACCACAACUACCACUAGACGUCGCUUCGUUUACGUCACUAAGAAACCCAGACAUUACUUCAUCUAA